UCUGUGUCUCUUUCCUCUGAUGCUCCGUGUAACUCCACUUUCUAUCCCAAUACUCUUCUAAUUACUGCUGCUAUUUUUCGAUUCUUGCAGGUUAGGGUUUUUUUCAUAUCUAUUCUGUGAUUCAAUGACGGGGAAAAAUUGCACUUCAGUGUAAUUUGAACCUGGAGAUUCAACUUGAUAUUUGCUCAAAUUUUACUCGGAGAAUGCUCUGUUUUUGUUCGUUAAUUUCACGCGUUGGUAUUAGGAGUUGGAUAGGAGUCCUUUUUUGGGUUUAAGGGAGCUGAGAGCUGAGGAAUUUAGAGUUUUUGUUUUUGAUUUUGAUUUUUUGUUUUUGCAAGUUGGGAGCUUAUGCUAUAGCUUCUAGUUGUUUGCUGUUGUAAUUUGGGGAUAGUAGGAGUAGUUGAGGAUAUAGAAAUGGCGGCAGAAUCGAACAUGGGGUUUCAUCAACAGCAAGCCUGGUCUUUUCAGUCGGGGGUGUCGUCGGAGAUGAUUCCGAUUGGUAACUUUUAUGGUCAUCUCGGGGUAAAUGUAAAUGUAAAUAAUAGCAACAGUGCUAGUGGUUUAUCAGGAGGAGGAGGGGUGAUGUUUUCUGGGAAUCCAAAUAUAAUUACCAACAGUAACAAUAAUCCCGGGAUUAGUCAGGCCGGGACCUCAUCACCUUCAUUUCUUAUUGAUACGGUGCCGGGGCUUAAGCAUGAUACCGGAUUGGCGGUGGAGUGGUCAGUCGAAGAACAGUACAAAUUGGAGGAAGGACUUAUCAAAUUUUCCAGUGAACCUAGUAUCAUGAAAUACAUUAAAAUUGCAGCCACACUCCGUGAAAAAACUGUUCGUGAUGUUGCGCUGAGGUGUAGGUGGAUGACGAGAAAGCGAAGGAAACAGGAGGACUAUAAUAAUAUGGGGAAAAAAGUGAAAGACAGGAAGGAUAAAGCAGCUGAAUCAUCCUUGAAGAAUAGUACAACUUCAGCUUCUCCAUUGAACUUGGCUACAUAUUCUCUAGCUGUUAAUCAUCAUGACCGCAGUAACUGCAUGAAUUCUGGAGCAUUACUUGGAACGAGAAAUCUUUUGGAAGAAAAUAAUCAAGCUCUUGAUCAAAUUUCAACAAACCUUUCAACAUAUAAGUUGCAGGAUAACGUUGACCUCUUCUUUCGUACAAGGAACAAUAUAACUGCAAUCCUCAACGAAAUGAGCAAUAUGCCUGGGAUCAUGAGCCAAAUGCCACCGCUUCCUGUGUUUCUUGAUGAAGAGCUUACUAGUAGUAUUUUGCCAAAUUCAACUCAGUCCAUGAUGUUUGGCUCAUCAAGCGGGAUCCAGCUGAAACAGGAACCUGGAUGUUGACAGAGAUUUCUCAGUGCUGAGUUGAAUUACUGGCGUGUGUAAGUAGACCAUUUUUUUGCUGUAAAUGCAUAAGAAGCUGGCAGGCCUUUCCGGCUUUUGUACACAACACAAGUUGGGUCCCGAGGGAUAAAGAAUACAUUAGAUAACCUAUUUCGGAAGCUGAAAUAUCUGCUGUACCAGAUACUGAGCCCAAGCACUGGAUAAUAACAGCCUCAUUGUCGGUUAAACGUCAGCCAGUCUCUAAUCAGAUUGCAUUCUAGAAAGCAAGCAAGCUAGCUAAAAAAAAAAAAUUAUGAGUUGUAGUCUUUUUGUGUGUAAAUUUUAUAUAACUAAUGAAAACUCUGGAGUCAGUCCAUAGGGUUGUUAUGUCCUUGUCAUUUGCAGCCUUUAGCAUUUGAAGAUCAGUUUCUUGGUUUUGUGGUAAGGCCACAUAUAACAUCAUUUCUUGGUUAUGAGAGCCCCACCUUGUAAGAAUUUUACUAAUAAAACCCACUGAUCUUAUUCUGCUGUGUCAUC